GUAUCUUUAAGGCGAGAACGCGCAGGCUGCGGGCAAUCUACAAAGCGUCCUUUUGGUUUCCAAGGGAACCCUGGAAGAGAUCACGGAUAGUCGGGAAUUAGAUUUAGAUUCUUUGUAUGGUUCUCGGACAAUAUUUUAAACCGUUGAAUGGGAGAUUUAGCAUGACUCAAGCCUUUUACUAAUAUCCCCUGACAACUAUUUACGUUGCUUUAUAGGUAAGACAUGCAUUGUCUAUUUUUAUUCUCAAGUAUUUCUGCUCCAGAGGGGUAUUUGACAAAAGACUGCUUGACUGAUGGUGCUAAAUGUAACUUUAUAUUCUACCGCCAUUUUCCGAAGUCUGAGCACAUUGAGCAGCUUUGUUGAGCACCAUGAGGCUUUAUGGGCAGAAUGUUCAAUUUACCCUUAUGAAAAUAAGUUGUUUUCCAAUCAAAAGGAUUUUAUGCAUGCACCUGUCCAAUGCCUAUUUGCUAGCUGUCUGAAUGAGAGUAACAGUUUAUAGCUAAAUCAUUUAUCCGUUACAGAAGUGAAAUGGGGAGGACUUUGUUCAGACUUUUGUCUUAAUCUUUAAAUUGUUAGCUAAUGUAUUUUUUUUAUUCUUACCAACUGAAGGUUCUUUGUGCAUGGAGUGCACAGUGAAGCUUUUGAAGAGCGAUUGUUUUGUUUUUAAUUCAAAAGGUGAUUCCCAACCUUUUUUGGUUACAGUACCCCGAGUCACAUUUUGCUCAGAACCCACGAAGUACUUCCUCGUGUGCAUUUUACCAGUAGGCCUAUGGUCUUUUGAGUCUUCCCAAGGGGAGGGAAGUGCGGCCCGCCGGGCACUUCAAUCUGGGCCGCAAUACAUUAAAAAAACAUAUUUUCUCUCCACAAUUUCGUGGUAUCCAAUUUAGUCUUGUCCCAUUUCUGAACCUCCGUACGGACUCGGGAGAGCCGUGCGUCCUCCGAAACACGACCCAGCCAAGCCGCACUGCUUCUUGACACAAUACACGCUUAACCUGGAAGCCAGCCGCACCAAUGUGUCGGAGAAAACACCAUACACCUGGCGACCGUGACAGCGUACAUGCGCCCAGCCCACCACAGGACGACGCUGGGCCAAUUGUGCGCAGCCUGGGGUCGAACCCGGGUCUGUAGUGAUGCCUCAAUCACUGUGAUGCUGUGCCUUAGACCGCUGUGCCACUCGGUACCCCCUCCAGGGGUACAUGUACUCCAGGUUGGGAACCAGUAGACUGAUCUGGUCUACCAUCUGAUCUGCUAAGGCUAUUAUAAAUUGGGUUUGUCUACAUUUUUCUAAUUGUGUAAAUGCAUUGCCAUCAACUUGAGCUGAAUUUUUCACCAUGCCAUUGAAAUAAUGUUUGUCUGCUCUGCUUUGCCCAUCAGAUCAACUAUUGAAUGAGUGUAUAAGAAGUCUGCUGCUGGUAGAGAGAUGGAGAGUGACUCUCACACACUGCCACUCCUCCCUAUAUCUCUUCCUUAUCCCGCCACUCUCUACCACUCCCUGCCUUUCUCUUCCUCUCUUUUGCAAACUUCUUCCACUGUUCAUGUUUCACUCCCUCUGUCUCCUCUAUCAAUCCCGCCAUCCCCUACUUCACUUUGUCCCACAGCCCCAGCUUCAGUUCACCUCAAGACUCAACCUCUCUCCCCUCUUUUACACACCUUGUCCCCACCUUUGUUUCUUGAUGGACAAAACUUACGCUGCCUAAACUCUCUAACCACAUCUGACGAAGAUGACUUGACCUGCCUCAACUGGCUGCAUCAAAGAGGCAACUUGCUUCCCCUGCAGCCCCUGCCCAAAACAACACCACUGCCUCAGCUGGAGCCCCAGGAUCCCAUACCUACCCCACACCUUCCUCCCUCCCCAUCCAAGCCCCCUUACUCCUUUAGUAGUCUAAUCUUCAUGGCGAUAGAGGACUCGCCAGACAAGAGGCUCCCAGUAAAGGGUAUCUAUGAAUGGAUCGUGAACAGCUUCCCCUACUACAGAGCAGCACCUGGGGGGUGGAGAAACUCUGUUCGACACAACCUGUCUCUGAGUAAGAGCUUCCGUCGGAUUCACAGGGACAAGAGCCAGUUUGUGGGGAAGGGCUCACUGUGGUGUGUGUGUCCAGAAUAUCGACAUGCUCUUCUGGAGGUGCUCAGGAAAGCGCAUUAUUACCACGGCACCAACAGUAACUUACUAAACAACCCUGCAUUGUUGGAGGGAGCUGAUUACGAAGUAUCUAUGGUGUGUGACACUGUGGAGAUCUCAGCCUUGACCAUAGACAACCCACCUCUCUCCUCAUAUCCACUUUGCCCUCUAACCCCUGACCAUGAGGAGAUGGUCAACAUGGAGGCAAUGGAAUAUGAGGAAGAGGUUGGUGAGGAGAUGGAGAAAGACCCCCUGUCAGACAGUGGCUACAUAGAGUUGCACUACUACCAGUAUCACCAGUACCAGUAUCUGGUCCUGCCCGGGGACACUGAACUGGAUCUGGAGACCGUAGAGAUCCUGCAGCUGGAUGCUGAGGCCCAAGAGGCUGCUGGGUCACUUCUGGACCUGGCAGGGGGUGGACAUUAGACUGAUCUACAGAUAAGGACAUGCAGUGUGGUCUAAACAAAUUGACUAAUAGACUGAAGUACACUGUGAUGUAAGGAGAUUAUGUGUAACCUGAGUAAUAUACAUUUGCAAUACGUUUCUGUGUGCUGACAUUUUGACACUGCCUGAGAUUUGAUUUGCUGUCAUAAAGUGAUAUACUGUAGCUACUAUGAUUGCACAUCCAAGCCACCUUACCAUGUAAACACAUUUAAGCCACUCGCCACACUCAUUGACAUAUACCAGACAUUGGCGUAUGCUUUUGGUAUAAAUUGAGGAGGAAAAAUAUUGACGCUGUACUGAUAAGAAUCAAGGCCUCUAUAUUUUGAUGGAAUAAAACAGAUGAAUGAUAUCAUGGGAAAUCUACUGCCAAUUAAUCCACUCAGAUUCAGGGGACAAAGAAAUGUAUGUUCAAUUCUGAAUCCUGAAUCUGAUUUUAUAAUAAUCUCUACCAAGUGCAUCUUUUAUUGAACACUUAUUAUCGUGCAGAAUUUAUUUUAUAGGCUAUGUCUAUGUUAAUAAAGAAACAUUAGACAUUU